AUGGCAGAAGAGAAAGAGAGGCGGAGUGGCGAAAGCCCGAGGACGACUGAGCCUGUAUUGCCAUCUGUCAAUGCUAUCGAGAAACCAGAGCCACAGCAGCCAUCGCUGCACCCUGCUUUCUACGUGGUCUUCAGUGGUGGUGUUAUCCUUUUCAACAAGUACCUUCUGGAUACUAUGGGUUUCAGAUUUCCAAUUGUCCUUACAACAUGGCACAUGGCUUUCGCAACCAUAAUGACCCAAAUCCUCAGCCGAACGACGACACUCAUUGACGGACGAAAAACUGUAAAAAUGACUGGCAAGGUCUAUCUCAGGGCCAUUCUGCCUAUUGGUUUCUUCUUCUCCCUCAGUUUGAUCUGUGGAAACCAAGCAUACCUCUACCUCUCUGUUGCUUUCAUCCAGAUGUUGAAGGCUUGCAUGCCAGUCGCAGUUCUGGUUACAUCAUGGGUAUUGGCCGUCGCGCCUGUCGACUUCAAACAACUGGGCAAGGUCAUCUUCAUUGUCAUUGGUGUUAUCAUUGCUUCCUUUGGAGAGAUCAGAUUCGAUUUGACAGGAUUUCUUUGGCAAGCCGGUGGUAUCAGCUUUGAAGCCACACGAUUGGUCAUGGUUCAGCGCCUGUUGAGCUCUGCUGAGUUUAAGAUGGAUCCGCUUACCAGCUUGUACUAUUUCGCGCCAGUGUGCGCUGUGAUGAAUGGCGUCGUGUCGCUAUUCACCGAGAUCCCGAGGAUGUCUAUGCAGAACAUCUACGACAUUGGUUUCCCGAUCCUCAUUGCGAACGCCAUGGUCGCGUUCCUUCUCAACGUUUCAGUUGUCUUCUUGAUUGGAAAGACUUCCUCCCUCGUUUUGACACUCUGCGGUGUGCUCAAGGACAUCCUCCUGGUCGCUGCGAGUAUGCUAAUCUGGGGCACUCCUGUCUCCGCAACACAGUUUUUCGGUUAUGGCAUUGCUUUGGGUGGCCUCAUGUACUACAAGCUAGGCGCUGACCAGGUCAAGCAAUACUUCGGACAAGCAGGACGAUCCUGGCAAGAGUUUGGUCAGAACAAGCCCGUCAUGCGCAAAGUCGUGGUUUUCGGCCUUGUAUUAUUCGUCAUGUUCGUUCUACUCGGUGGGCUUGCUCCAACAUAUGCUCCUCAACAGACUGGCAAGCUACGUGAUUACAUGGGGUUUAAUGCUGGAGGUGUUGUCAACAGCCGUCCUUGA